CAAAAUUUUAAAUUACGAAGUUCUACGGAAAUAUCUCUUAGGUCGUUAGGAAAUACCGCAAUAUUUUAAUUUUGUUAGAAGAGAGAGGGCGUUAGUUGUGAGAUUGCCUUGUUCCAAAGAAACAAAAUGGUACACAACAUAGAAAUGAUCCUGCAUGUUAAGACUUUGGACAAAGAUUUAUUCAUCAUUUCAAGAAAAAAGUUAUCAACUGUUUUAUGCUAGAAUAUACUUUCAUGUUCUGUUUUAAAAAUAUGGACAUUUCAAUUACAAGUGCAAUUUCAUGUUUAUCUUCAGUGACACUAAAUUUGUAGACUGUUUACAUAAGUCAUAUAAAUUUGAGUAUUUAAAUUUUCUGCUGCAGUUGAGGUUGUUAAUAUUUUCAAGAAUAAGACUUCAAAAAAACUCAAAGAUCAUUCUAAGUGUUAAAAUACAAUAUAUAACUGAUCAUAUUGUCCAUUUUUAAAGUUUAACAUGGCUCAAAGAGGCAGAAGUUGUACUCCUGAUGCUGAUGCAUUUGAUCAUUUCUAUGAUAUAAAUGAGAGACCAGUAGAUCAAAUAUCUUUGGAAUUUUUCUAUAAACCUCAUACUAUUACUUUAUUGUUGGUAUCCAUUAUUGCUUUGCUCUAUUCAGCAUUUACAAGAACUGAUGAAACAACAUUAGAAGAGAAUAUAUGGAGUGGAAUUUGCUGUGUAAUUUUCUUCUUUUUAGUUAUCAGUGUUCUUGUAUUUCCAAAUGGACCUUUCACACGACCACAUCCAGCAAUAUGGAGAAUUGUAUUUGGAAUCAGUGUACUCUAUCUCAUGGCUCUACUCUUCUUACUUUUCCAAAAUUAUCACACAGUAAAGUCAAUAAUGUAUUGGUUUUAUCCUGAUCUGAUUGCUUUCAAAAUUGAUACUGAAAAAGAAUAUGGUGUUAACUGUUCUGAUAUUACAUUAGAAAAGCUUUGGAAUCAUGUUGAUGUAUUUGCAUGUGGUCAUUUCUUUGGAUGGACUAUGAAAGCAGUGUUAGUUAGACAUUAUGGAAUAUGUUGGACUAUUAGUGUUAUGUGGGAAAUAACUGAGGUAGCAUUUGCUCACUUGUUGCCAAACUUUAUUGAGUGCUGGUGGGAUGCUUUGCUUCUGGAUGUACUUCUAUGCAAUGGUUUGGGUAUUUGUUUUGGCAUGUUUAUAUGUAAGAAACUGGAGAUGAGGACCUACAAUUGGGAGAGCAUUAAAAAUAUACAAACAACUACAGGAAAGAUUAGAAGAGCUGUGUUGCAAUUUACACCUGAGAGCUGGACUCAUGUCAGAUGGUUGGAUCCAAAAUGUACUUACAUGAGAUUUUUGGCAGUUAGUGAACUUGUCAUUUUUUGGCAAAUUACUGAGUUAAAUACAUUUUUCCUUAAACAUAUUUUUGAAAUUCCUCCAGAUCAUUCAUUAAGUAUAGGAAGAUUAGGGCUUAUUGGUAUUAUUGUAGCUCCAACAUUGAGGCAAUAUUAUAGUUAUGUAACUGAUCCAAGAUGCAAGAGAGUUGGUACUCAGUGUUGGGUGUUUGGAGCCAUAAUGAUGACAGAAGCCAGUAUUUGCAUUAAAUUUGGUGCAGAAUUAUUUGCACAGACUCAAAUACAAAAUAUUCUUGUCUGGUUAUUAAUACAAUUCAUAUUAAGUGUAUUCUGUGUUUAUUUCUGUGUACUGUAUGGUAAAUAUCAACAAAAGUGGUGUUCAUCAAGUUUAGAUAUAAAUCUGAGCAGUGCUACUAAUGCCACAAAUAUUCCAGAAGAUAUAUUUGAAUCACCAAAUAAUUCCAAUGAAUUUUUGAUGAAAAGUUCUAAACAAGAAGUAAUAGCUAGGAAGCGAAAAUCUAAACUAGUCAAUGGUUAUUAAUAGCUAAAGAUUUUUAAAUACAGAAAUACAAAAAUUUAUUUAAGAAUAUUAAAAUGUUAUGCAAAAGAUUUGACACAGACGAAAUGCAAAUCUGUAUUUAUUUUCUCUGUUCCUGUUAUGAAAUAUCUUAGAAAAAAAUGAAUUUAUAAUUUACUUAAAUUUAAUAUGCUAAAAUCUGAUUGAUCUUAAUAUUUUUCAUGGUCUUAUUAAAACAUAAAAUGAAGAUGUUGAAGUUUUACUAUUAUAGAAUUGCAAGCUGAUUAAAUUAGACAAUUCAUUUCAUCAUAUGAAAAAUUGUUGAUAAUCAUUACAGUUGUGGCUUCCAUUUAAAAAUAAUCUUAAGCCUGUCUAAACAAUGUUAUCAAGUAUUCUCUUGGAGAAGUAAAACAAAAUUAAAAAAAGGCACAUAAAAGCUUUGACAAUUCUUUAUUUAGUAUGUUUGUUCUUUGCAUGUAGAAAUAGAUUUUAUAUAUAUAAAAAUUUUAUAGUAUAAAUGAAACUAUUGUUAUUAAUGUAUAUUUUGUAAUAUUUCACAAUGUAAUUAUAGAUAGAUGUCACUACUGUAUAUUUAGCUAAUAUUGCCAUAACUUUUUGCCAACUUGUAGAUUAAUGUUAUAUAUAUACUAUAAAAAUAUAUUACUGUCAGUUGUCAUUUAUAACACAUUGCUUUGUAUUAAAAAUAUAAAAGAAAACUGUAUGUGAAAAUUCUUGAUUCAUAAAUGAUGAAUUAUUAAACAUUGCUUUCAUUUUGUAAUUUGUUGUUAAAAUUUAAUCACAGAUAAUUUCCUUAAAAAUAAAAUUGGAUUAUUUAGAAACUAUCAACAAGUAUUUUUCUUAAUUUGUUGCAGUUUUUAAAGUUUGUAGACACUGAUAUUAGAAAAGAUGUAAUAUAUUAGUGUGUAUAGAGUUGAGUGGAAUAAUUGUAAAUGUUGAUUUCACACUACCAGUCAACCCCCCCUAUAACACUGUUGAUAAUUCCGUGUUACAUGAAUUCCAUG